CGUCUGGCUUGCGCAGGCGCGUUGCCCCGCGGCGGCCAGCGGGCUGCUCUUUGUGGAGGUGUCUGUCCUUUUGUGAAAGGCUGGUCAGCUCUCCCGGCCGUCAGCCCGACCGCGCGCGGGUCGCGGUCGCCGUCCGUCCCGCUUCCUGUGUGUGGCCGAGUUUCCGCGCUCGCUGUCCCUGGGCGGAGGAACCCGAGGCCUGGCCCUUGCGCUGCAGCGCGGCUCGCCCCGAGGAAUGUGACGGGGAAGAAGGGGCGUGUGCGCGAGGGGCCGGGGAGCGAGGCCGGGGCGGUGUGACAGGGGGUGACGGCGGACGGGGGAGGCGCGUUUGCCUCAGCCGGGGCGCCGGCAGGAGGCUCCGGGCGUGCGAGGGUGCAGCCGUGAGCGCGUGGCGACCCUGCGAGGCUCCCCUGCGGGCCGCCGAGCCCGAGCCAGCCGCAGAAGCGGGACUCGCUCCUCUAGGGCUGUGCACCCCCUCGGGGGCCGCCGCCCAGGGGCGCCAUGGAGACCUCGGCCCUGAAGCCUGAGGAGACAGCUCUGUGCUCUCAGAACCCUGCCCUUUCCCUCAAAGAGAAUCCAGAGGCUGAAUUGGGUUGGGGUCUCCUGGAAGCCAGGUCUGAGGAAUCGGUGACCUUCAAGGACGUGGCCGUGGACUUCACCCAGGAGGAGUGGAGUCAGUUGGAUUCCCCUCAGCGAGCCCUGUACCGGGACGUGAUGCUGGAGAACUACCAGAACCUUCUCGCCCUUGGGCUGGUCCUGUGUGGGCAGCUCCUAGCCCUGCUGCUUUCUCCCCCUUGGUCAGGGCCCCCAGUCUGCAAGCCAGAUGUGAUCUCUCAUCUGGAACGAGGCGAGGAGCCAUGGCGUGUGCAGAGGGAAGUGCCUGGAGGAGCUUGUCCAGAAGGGGCGCCUCGGCCUGAGGUGGAGGAGGCAGAACCCCCUCAGCGGCGGGCUGCUUGCCAAGGAGAGGCGUUCCAGGAGCCGAUCAUGCAGCCAGCGAGGCCCAGCCUCCACGGUGCCAGUCCGGGGGAGACAUGGGCCUGGGCAGACCCAGCAGAUGCUGUGUGGGGAAGCAAGGCUGUGUUAUGGAAGCACACACCUACCGCCGGUGAGGACGUCUCCCCCGAGGAGCACCGUCGGGGCCAGGACACGUCGAAGGAGGGCUCCCCCCUCGGGUGCACCGUCCCCGCCGAGCCGAGCAACCCCACACGGGGACGGUGUCCUGACACACACCUCAGGGAUGUCGCAUCCGCUGAGGGCGUCACCAAGGCCCCCGGGAGAACGCACGCAGGGGAAGGCUCGCGGAAGUCAAGUGAGCAGGGCCAAUCCCCACAGGCGUGCAGGCAGCGCGGCUUCCUGGUGUGCGGCGAGUGCGGGAAGGCGUUCCCCCAGAGCGCGUCGCUCACGCUGCACCGGCGCUGGCACAGCCGGGAGAAGGCGUACAAGUGCCGCGAGUGCGGCAAGGCCUUCCCCUGGAGCACCAACCUCGUGGAGCACCAGCGGAUCCACAGCGGCAAGAAGCCCUUUGUCUGCAGGGAGUGCGGCAAGGCCUUCAGCUGCCACUCGUCGCUCAACGUGCACCAGCGGGUGCACACGGGCGAGCGGCCCUACAAGUGCAGUGCCUGCGAGAAGGCCUUCAGCUGCAGCUCCCUGCUCAGCAUGCACCUGCGCGUGCACACCGGCGAGAAGCCCUACAAGUGCGGCGAGUGCGGCAAGGCCUUCAACCAGCGCACGCACCUGACCCGGCACCACCGGAUCCACACCGGCGAGAAGCCCUACAAGUGCGACCAGUGCGGCAAGGCCUUCACCUGCCACUCCUCCCUCACCGUGCACGAGAAGAUCCACAGCGGAGACAAGCCGUUCAAGUGCAGCGAGUGCGAGAAGGCCUUCAACCACCGGUCCCGCCUCACCCUCCACCAGCGGAUCCACACGGGCGAGAAGCCAUUCAAGUGCACAGACUGCGGGAAGGGCUUCAGCUGCCACUCGUACCUGCUCGUGCACCAGCGGGUCCACAGCGGCGAGAGGCCGUUCAAGUGCAACGAGUGCGGCAAGGCCUUCAGCUCCCACUCGUACCUCAUCGUGCACCAGCGGGUCCACACCGGCGAGAAGCCCUUCGACUGCAGCCAGUGCUGGAAGGCCUUCAGCUGCCACUCGUCGCUCAUCGUGCACCAGCGGGUCCAUACCGGCGAGAAGCCCUACAAGUGUCGCGAGUGCGGCAAGGCCUUCAGCCAGAACCACUGUCUCAUGAAGCACCAGAAGGUUCAUUCCGGAGAGAAGUCUUUGAAGCGCAACGACUGUGGGCAGAUGUUCAGCUGGAGCGCACGCCUCCUGGAGCACCGGAAACUGCACAGCGAGGAGAAGCCCUUUGCCCUCCAGCUCAACAAACACCUGCUGGGCACGUACUACGUGCCCGGCGGUCUGCUGGGGGCUGGGGACACGGAGGUGAGGGCCGUGGACCCAGUGAACGCCAUGGAUGUGGCAGAGCUCCUGUGUGCGGCCCCGCCCCCGCCCAGCAGGAAUUGCCCCCUGGGGAGCAAGCCCGGACACUGACAGGAGGUCUGGGGAGCCACUUCCUGGGCUGCCCAGGAGACGGCACAGUCACUCCUCAUGGGCUCCUGGAUCCAGGCUGCUCCUCCUUCCAGCCCAUGCAAGCCUGGCCCAAAGCUCAGAGCACUUCCACCCACUGGGAAGGGGUGAGAGUGGAGAGCCUUUUGAGGAUGUCCAUUGUCUGUUCCCCGGAUGAGCGUGGAGGUCACCGACCGGGGAAGGGAAGUGGUUCCCGCAGAUAAAAAGGGCCUUUGUGUCCUCAGACGGGCUCCUGGAGUGCCUUCCCUCUGUAACCCGCUGUGCGACAACAGAAAUAAAACACCAGAGUUGCAAGCA